AUGCAUAUCGUUGAUUUGGCGCUUAUCCCAGAUAUUGCCAUAUCACUACUACUGGACUGGACGGACGAUCGAAGCUUCAUUGACAAGCAACAUCGUCAACAGCGCUUGGAUCACCUCGGCCAGCUCUACCGAUCCUGGGCCGGAAACGACAGUGACCGUGUGAACCCAAAACUGUUCUCCACUGAUGUCUUGAAGCCUGGGGCCUCCUCCUUCGCGGCAGUUUCGCAGCAUUACAUCUCGGCAGCUGCGGCGAAGGGAUUGCUGAUAUGGCUAUCAAUGAUUGCUGGCCAGUUUGCAGAUCGCGACCCCACGGAGCAGAACCUGCUGCGAGCGGGAUUGUGCAUGGGCUUGCAGCAACUGCAGCACACUAUGCUGACGAACGGGCGGCUUCUUGAACAAGCAGACCGCGACCUGUGCGAGCACAUGUACAGUCUCUUUCGCAAUGCCUUCGACAAACUCGCUCAGCGGGCAUUGCAGCAGCAGUCGCUAAGGUAUCAUCUUAGGCCAAAGAUUCAUCAUUUCGAGCACCUCGUUUACGAUGUCGUUUGCAAGGGGCGGAAUUGGCGAUAUAUAUCGUGCUACCUUGGCGAGGAUGUUGUCAGGAUCACUAAACGAAUGGCUGUGCGUUUGCAUCCGCUUGUGACAGGGGUACGUGUUCUCGAUCACUACUCGAUGCAUGUCACCUUGAAAUGGGCCGGCCUGUUGGACGAUGACGAGUAG